AAAUACUGCCAUUUAAGGAUCUGCAGAAAAAUGCACAGUCCAAAGCGUAAAAAGCCAUGCUGUUUAAUUGUUUGAUGAUAAUUAUGGACAUUCCGUUUCCAUAUAAAUCAACUCACAAACCCUUAAUUUCCAGCUAAAAUGGCAUGCCAGAAUAAAGUUCAAGACAAGGUAGCCAUAGUCACAGGUGGCGCUAGUGGCAUUGGCGAGGCCACUGCGCUUCUUUUUGCUGAAAACGGUGCACGCGCAGUCGUGAUCGCCGAUGUCCAAGAUGAAAGAGGUAAAAAACUUGCCGAAUCAAUUGGUUCUGAUCGUUCCACCUUUAUCCACUGCGACGUAAUCGAUGAGACGCAAGUGAAAUCCCUGGUGGAAUCCACUGUUGCGCUUUAUGGUCACCUUGACAUCAUGUUUUGCAACGCUGGAACCCUCAGCUUCGAUAAACAGACCGUUGUCGACUUCGACCUGGACAUGUACGAGAAACUUUUUGCAGUAAAUGUGCGUGGUGUGGCUGCAAGUGUAAAGCAUGCGGCGCGUGCUAUGGUGGAAGGAGGUAGAAAGGGUAGCAUCAUUUGCACAGCCAGCGUCGCAGCCACUACUGGUGGAAGCAUUCAUACAGAUUAUGUCAUGUCCAAGUGUGCGGUACUGGGGCUGGUAAAGUGUGCCAGUUAUCAGUUGGGCGAGCAUGGAAUACGAGUGAAUUGUGUGUCACCAGGGGCAGUGGCGACGCCUCUAAUAUGUAAGGCCUUCGGCAUGGGAGUCGAGGAGGUGGAGAAGACUUUUGAGUCGACUUCGUGUUUGAAAGGGGUGUUGAAGCUGAAGCAUGUGGCUAAUGCUGUGUUGUUUCUUGCUUCUGAGGAUUCUGAGUUUGUAACUGGACAUAAUUUGGUUGUAGAUGGGGGAUUUACAUUUCCUCAAUCAAGCCAGUUCAAUUCUUAGCUGCAAUAAAUUAAAGGGAAAUAGACAAAUGGUAGAGCCAUGCGUUUUGUUUCCAGAUAGUUCUAGGGUUGUUCA